GUCGAAGACAGGGUGAGAUCAUCGGUGUGCCGUCUCUGCCGCGGCAAGAUGGUGUGGCUAUCGAUGUGCGCUUUGCCGACAUGACCGACGACCCCAUCAUGGCCCCAGCAUUGUGCACCAUGUCCAUCGGAGGAUACGCCUACUACAAGGACGCACAGCGUGCAUUUGCCCGACAUGGACAGUUGACGUUGCGAGCGCGCAAGUCUGCCGCGAGUGCUGGGCUUGUCCUCGGCACGGCCGUGGGAAUAUACAUGUUCGUCUUCGUGCGUUGGCGACGACGGCAGCGACGCCACUCCCAGCUCUGAGCGACCGGUCCACCCUAUGUCUUUUGCAGUGUUCAUGGGUGCACAUGAAUGCACUCGUACGUUGAGAUGGAAAUCCGACCUCACACUCGUCCAGCUCGUACUUGAUCUGCAAGAACGGGGAAUGAUUCAAUUCUCAAAUUCAACCUUCAUGGCGCGUACGUGCCGAAUGUACAUACCCUCUACGUGCCGUCUUACUCGUGAGCGCGACUGCUAUGCAUGGCCACGACCUAGUUGCCGCCUCGGUGCUCCCGUCUUCGCACCUCGGCUUUGGUUUAAACGAGAGACUCCCCCACAAUACAUGUUUUUCAAAACACAUAUUUUAAGGUAUCACAUUUCAGAAAUCCUCUUGCAUUUAAUGUGCAUUGUCACUCGAAUUGUGUCACCGUGAUGGGUCGACGUGAAGUGUGGGCGUCGUACGACGAUGAUGCAGCGCCUACGGCGGGCAAGUCGACGAGCAACGAGAAAGCCGCCGAAACAGCACAGCGACCUGCUAAGCCUUUCAACAUGGAGCUGCUUCGCAACAAAGUCCUGUUUGGUGGCUUGGUCGGCUCGACGACUGGCGCGACAUUUGGUUUUGUGGGGGCCUUCCAAAGUCAUCACACCAAGCAUGGAAGUGUGAACUCCAAAGCUCUUCUUGGCGCCGCGCGCACAGCCGGCACCACUGGCGCCGUAUUUGGCGCGUUUUUCUUGGCGUACCAAGGAGUCAAGACAACGAUCGAGCAGCUUCGGGGAGAAGAAGACUUUUUGAAUGCUGGGGCUGCCGUCGCGAUUGCUGGGCUGCCCUUCUACCGUACGAUCACGUUCCGCUCGCACAUGGGCUACGCUGGUCUCCUCAUUGCGUUGGAUUAUUUUCACGAGGAAAUGAACAACUUUCGCAGAUAAGACCCCUCGCUGCAGUCCAUCGUGUGAGAUUGUUUCGUCGAGCUCGCCAUGGCCGAAACGAAUGCCCCUCGUCCGCGGCCACGUAGUUUGCAGACGGGUUCACCAGUGGCGUGGUGUUUACACUGGCGCAUGGUUCGUUUGACACCGCCUCAAUAGAUCUGUAUCGAUGGUUGUACACUGCCUCAUGCAUGCCCUGCUUCGCCACUGUCCGUGAAAGGAAUUUGUCGUAAUUAUACACCUUGCC